AUGUCAUUGCAAGUGAACGACCCACGGUCACGCACCCGAUCCAAAUCUCGCGAACGCUCACGGUCGCGUGACAGCCGGGCCCCGUCUCCUUCCCACCGCUCCCGCUCCCCAGCCGUCGAACCCCGAAGAUCUAGCUACAAUGCCGACGAAGAAGCCGAAAUUGAGCGCCAAUACAAGCUAAUCAGCGAGCGACGCCAGCGCAAAACCACCGAGCCAGAAGAGCCCCGCAGCGUGAUCUCCCGCGCACCAAGGAGUCCUGCCCGCUACGACGUGGACCGCUCUGGCUCGGAAUCGGAUUCGCGGCGCCGAGGUGAUCGCGACACAAAGAGCUCGAGACGACGUCGCGAAGACCGUUAUGAACACUCGGACGACGAGCGGGGCUCAGCCACUGCUCCGUCGCAGUAUGCUCCUUCGCGGCCGUAUCGGCGGCGGCCUUCUUCGCCGGACUCAGGCAGUCGAGUGAACCAACAUGACCCGGAUGGCUCUGAUGACGAUGCGCUGGCGUACGGCGAUGAGCCGGGGAGUCACCCCAGCUAUGCGCGCCCCAACCGUUAUAGCUAUGCGCAGCCGGCGCAGGUUGUAUCGAGUGCUCCCCGCCCGCAGUCGGGAUACCCUGGCGCUGGGUCGGACUGGGCCUCUGUGCCUGAGUGUGAGCGGCCAGGUUUCGUGCCGCCUUCGUCGCAGCCUGCGGAACUGUCUUCUAUGCCUGGCGCGUUUCCCUCGGUUUCAGCUUAUGCCGAUGGCUCUAUCCCAGCGAUGGCUCAUCCGCUGCAGUACACCAGCGUACCCAGCCAGCAGCAGGUUCCGUAUGCGGCGACCAGUGGCGGGUAUAUGCCUGGGCAUUACCGCACUGCUUCUGCGAGCGAUGCUGGUUACUCCGCGAGUGAUGCUGGGUAUCCCCCGUCGUCGGCUGGAUACGCGAACCCCGGCACGUAUCAGUAUGCGCAGAUUGAUCCCCACGUGAAGUAUACGACGAAGACUGCGCCGAAGCCAGCAACAUCAGCUGCUCCUGCGUCUGAAAACUAUGUCAGACCACUGCCACCGCAAUUGCAGAACUUCUACUACCCGCAGGCUCCGUCGCCGUCCCAGUCCCACUCGUCAUCGCAGUUCCAGCCGCCGUCGCAAGCGCAGCAGAAUCGGCUGGACCAGCCGCCCCGGAAUGAGCCUCAGUUUGUGGAAAUCACACCUGGUGGAGGUCGGUCGAGCGCGCGUCCUCACGGUCUCUCUGUGUCGUCGAAUAGCAACCUUGCGGUUGCUGGAGGUAGUUCAGGACACUCGGCUCAUCCCCCGGCUAGUCCCCUGCUCGAGCCGUAUCACGGAACAUACCAAUCCAUCUCACCCAUGCCGUCGCCGAUUGUCAUUCCAUCCAUCCGCGACGACGACAUCUCCGACCUCGAGCCACUCGACGGUGGAGGUUCAACGUCAGAAUCAGGCCGUCGCAGCAAGCACCGACGCUCCCACUCAUCCAUUAGCGAAGUGGAAUCUCACCGCAGCAGCAAAGACAAACGCGACAAAGACCGCAGCGAGCGCAAAGACGACAAACGCCUGACCCGCCCAUCAGCCAGCCACACCCGCCACCACUCGAGCUCCUCCAUCCCAGGCGACGGCAAAGUGGUCAUCUCCCCAACAACCGGCCGCAAACGCGUCUCCUUCUACGAUGCCGGCGCCGACGCCGCAGCACUGCAAUCCGCCCUCAACCACGCCCGCAACAUAGACAGCAAACCCAUUAUCAAAAUCCUCCCUCGCCUCUCCAGCGACGAGAUCCUCCUCCUACGGCAAGAAUACAAAGCCCGCGUCCGCCUCCAAGGAAAAGGUAUCAACCUAGCCAAACACCUCCGUCUAAAACUCGGCUCCUCCUCCUUCGGCAAAGUCGCCUACGCAACCGCCCUCGGCCGCUGGGAAUCAGAAGCGUACUGGGCAAACUGCUAUUACCAAGCCGGCACCUCGCGCCGCGAACUCCUCAUCGAGUCCCUGAUGGGUCGGUCGAAUGCCGCAAUCCGCGAAAUCAAAAACUCCUUCCGUGACACCCGCUAUGAAAAUAGCCUCGAGCGCUGUAUGCGGUCUGAGCUGAGGGCUGAUAAGUUCCGCGUGGCGAUCCUGCUUGCGCUUGAGGGUCAGCGGCAGGAGGAGCGCGAGCCACUGGAUAAGAGGCUUAUUCGGGAUGAUGUGCAAGAUUUGCAUCGGGCGAUUGUAAGGGAGGGAGGGGAGACGGCUAUGAUUCAUAUUAUUGUGUUGAGGAGUGAUACGCAUCUGCGCGAGGUGUUGCGCUUGUAUGAGGAGACUUAUGGGCAUAAUUUUGCGAAGGCUAUGAUUUCGAAGUCGAGGAAUUUGGUGGGCGAAACACUAGCCCAUAUCCUCAACGGCGCAAUCAACCGUCCUAUGCGCGACGCCCUACUUCUCCACCAGGCACUACGUGAAUCCCGUAGCGGCCGUGAGCGCUCCGAGCUGCUGAUUUCCCGUCUGGUGCGUCUGCAUUGGGAGCCUAGACAUCUCGAUCUUGUGAAGACGGAAUACCGUCGGCGCUACCAUGAGCGGCUGGAGGAGGCUAUUGCGGAAGAGAUUCUGUCGCUGAAUGGGGGACAGGACUGGGGGGAGUUUUGUAUCGAGUUGGCGCGUAGCGCUUAG